AUGUACCUCGUCCAGCGCGAUCCGGUAGUUCUCCUUGGAUUCUUGAACGUCUCAAUGACACGUUUGGCCCCAUGCCCGACCAGCCCACCGAAUUCACCUAUUGGAUUGCGAUGGUCUUGCCGAUUUCGGAACCAAUACAAGGCGGCCUUACUACCGAUCAUCAGCUAUCGAAGUCGGCUGAAGAUCCUUGUCCGUUGGAUCCGAGUCCUCAAAUCUCAAUGGAACAGUCAAGGUUGUCUGAUCACCUGA